GGGUCCGUCCCGACCAGUUAUGAUGCUGGCUGGAGUGGAAGAAAGUCAGAUUGAGGAAGGAAGAGGCUGCAGUGACUGAGGACAAAACGGUGUGGUGACCGUGGUGGGAAGGAGACACCGCUCCCAGCGGAACCCCGACAGCACCCGGACACCUACAGAAGCUCCUCACCACUUUAUCCAUCAACCAUUCCAUGGGGUUGGGUGUAGUGUGUUGGCACCAAACAUCCUACCUUGACUGUGCUUUUGGUUAAUUAGAGCCCCCCAAACCAUCCCUGUGAGGUUAAAUGGGGCUUGCUUUGGAUCCGCAGCCCCACUCCAGCAUGGCCUCGCGGUCUGCACGGAACCACGGAGGGUGCCAGAGCCAAGAUCUGGAGAACCGAUCGGGGCUGCUGCCGUGAGGGCAUGAACAGGGACAGCGAUGCCCAUCACGCAGGACAACGCGGGGGUCUUCCUCCCCCUCCUGUGCCAGUGGCUGCAGAACAGCCGUCGAGAGGGGGCUGAGGGUGCUGAGCAGCAGCUCUGCCGCUCAGCUGUCCAGAAGCUGAGCGAGUACAUCCAGCUCAACUUCUCUGUGGAUGAGAGCAAACUGCAGUCAGGGAGCUGUGGAACUUCAGAUACAGAGAUCUGCACUGUGUACCUGGCCCAGGAGAUGAGAAAAACUGAGGUUCUUGGGUUAAGCUUUGGGAACAUCCCUGCUCUUGGGGACUAUGGGGAGAAGCGUCGGGGAGGGAAGAAGAGGAAGGGGCACAAGGGACCAGUGCUUGACGUCGGGUGCAUCUGGGUUACAGACUUGAAGAAAAACAGCCCAGCUGGGAAAUGUGGAAGAGUGCGACUGAAAGAUGAGAUCCUUUCCCUGAAUGGGCAGUUAAUGGUCGGCGUGGAUGUCACUGGUGCAAGUUACCUGGCCGAGCAGUGCUGGAAUGGCGGUUUUGUCUACUUGAUCAUGUUGCGCCGCAUCAAGCGCAAAGCUCCUCUUCCUCCCUCCAACGGCAACAACAGCAACAGCUGUGACCCCAAAGCCAAGCCCAACCCUGAACCUGGAGACAGAGCUGCUCAGAAUGGGAAAAGGACCAGGAAGUUUGGGGUCAUCACCAGAACACCUGGCAGCAAGGACAGCAAAGAAAAAUCAGGCUUGGAGCAUGGGAAUGGGCACUGCACCCCGAUGGAGGUGGAGGUUGCUCAGCCAGAGACCUCUGAAGCUGAAAGCAAUGGGGAAGAGCAGCUUCGGGGCACUGGGGCACAGUACUGGUGCCGGCUGUCGGAUGGUGGUGUGCCAGACAUCGGUGACCAGUCUGCCCAGCGAGAAGGUUGCCGCGUUUGGAAGAUGCACAUCCUGAAGGGGACAGACGGUCUGGGAAUCCAAAUAACAGGAGGCAGAGGGUCGAAGCGGUCCCCUCACAGCAUUAUCAUCACCCACGUGGAGGAAGGCGGCUCCGCACACAGGGAUGGCAGGCUUACGGUGGGUGAUGAGCUCCUCAUGAUCAACGGGCAAUCCCUGGUUGGACUCUCCCACCAGGACGCCGUCGCUCUCCUUCGCUCAGCUGCUGGCCUGGUGCAGCUGGUGGUCGCUAGCAAGGAGUCUCCUGAAGAGGAUUUUUUGAAGUAUCCGUCUACAAGUUUACCAGACUUGCUUAGCACUUGUUCAGUCCAAGACCCUCCCUCUUGCACUGACAAUAAGGAAAAUGAAGAGCCAGAAGAAGAAGAGGUGAAGGGAGUGAACAUGUCUCCUGAAACACUGGUCGCUGUGAUGGAGACAGAGAAGUCUCAAGAUCCGGCUUGUGCAGAAGUGUCCAAAGGAAACAACCAGAGUCCUACUCUGGCAAGUGGAAUAUUGAAAUACAGAAGUCGGUCCCAAGGUGGUGGAUCCCGCUUGGAGUCUGUGGGAGAAGACGAUGAGCUGACAGUGGAAAACGGUGAAUCAAGUUAUGAAAUAGCAGUGAAAUAUUCCCGAGGUGGAAGAAAGCACUCUCUGCCCCAGCAGCUGGAGUCAGUGGGAGCCAGGCAGGACUACCAUAUUGUGAAGAAAUCCACCCGUUCCUUCAGUGCUGCCCAAGUAGAAUCUCCAUGGAGACUGACCCAGCCAUCGAUCAUUUCCAACAUCGUCCUGAUGAAAGGGCAAGGCAAGGGCCUUGGAUUCAGCAUUGUGGGAGGACAGGAUUCUGCUCGUGGACGCAUGGGUAUUUUCGUGAAGACUAUAUUCCCCAAUGGAGCAGCGGCUGCUGAUGGAAGGCUUAAAGAAGGGGAUGAAAUUCUAGAAGUUAAUGGAGAAUCUCUACAAGGACUGACUCAUCAGGAGGCCAUUCAGAGGUUUAAGCAACUCAAGAAAGGAGUGGUGACCCUGACUGUGCGCACACGGCUGCGCAGCCCAAGCCUCACACCCUGUGCAACUCCCACCCUGCUGAGCCGCUCCAGCUCCCCCAGCUCCAGUGCCAGUGGUGGGGCACCACUCCCUGUCCCUGAUGAGGUGGACGGUUUCUCCUCCAAUCGCAAAGGACCUGGCCCAAAGGACAGGAUCGUCAUGGAUGUGACACUCCAUAAAGAGCCAGGGGUUGGGCUGGGCAUUGGAGCCUGUUGUCUGACUCUGGAAAACAGUUCUCCAGGGAUAUACAUUCACAGCCUGGCCCCAGGAUCAGUGGCUAAAAUGGAUGGCAGAUUAAGUCGGGGUGACCAGAUCCUGGAGGCGGAUUCGGUGAGCCUGCGUCAUGCGGCUUUAAGUGAAGCCUAUGCUAUUCUGAGCGAAUGUGGUCCAGGUCCAGUCAGCCUUAUCAUUAGUCGCCAUCCUAACCCAAAGGUUUCUGAGCAGGAGAUGGAUGAAGCAAUUGCACGUACUACCCACCGAGAGAGCAAGGACACCACCUCCUCUCAUGUCACAGGAGUUGUACAGAAAAGCCCAUCUCCGAGUGUGAAGGCCAAACAAGGAGAGACCUCAUCUCCCCUCAGCUGGACUAUGAAACGCUUCCUGGAGCCAGCAAGCCGGCAGGGAUCUGUCAGCUCCGAGGCAGAGCUUUCCCAGUACUUCUCACACGACGGUACAAGCCAGCUGCCAUUUUCUGAUGCUGUAGCUGGCUCCUGCGAUGAAGAGCAACUCCGUCAGAAGAACAGAAACAGUUUGUUGGAUGAUGGCUCUUUUCUUCCUGGCAACCUGAGUGCUAGAGAAGCAGGAGUGGCAAAAGCAAAUGGUCUGUCUUCUCCAGCUAGUGGGAGAUCAUCCAGCCUUCACAACAAGCAUGUGGAGUCUGUCCGACCUGGCAUCCUCAGUGACAGCCCCAAAUCAGCCCGCAGCCCCUUUCAUCGACAGAGGAGGGUUGUUUUCUAUGAUGGUGACGUUAGUGAUGAUGAUGAAAGUUCCCACUCGCAAAGAAGCCAGAGGGCCAAGAACCAGGAGGAUGCUGGCAUUGUUAUUGCAACCUCAUCUGUAGAAAUUGAUGAUGAGAGCCAGGACAGCGAGUCACACAGAUAUAGUGGCAUGGAGACAUCUUCCCCUGUCUUCAGCAACACAAUGGAGUCUGCAAACAGCACGCUGGAGCAAGUUGACUCUCCUUUCUUCCCCAUCAUAGCGUUCGAUUACUCAAGCAUGCCUGAAGUUCGUCUUGGCAGCCUGAGUCUGAGGGAGCUCCGGGAAGCACAGCUCGAAUCUAAGAGAUCACCAAAACUUGAGCACAGAGCAGUCACGAGAGUGAAAAGCAUGAUGAGCACUGAGUGCCGCAGCCUUCAGAGACAGAGGAUGGAGGAGCAUGGCUCUUAUAACAAGCCUGUUGCAAGGACACUCCCUCACAGCAAGAAGUGUGAAGCAUCCAAUGGAGCUGGGCAGGGCCAGGGUGAAAUAGUCACUCUAGUUCGCAAUGAGCAUGAGUCGUUUGGCCUGGAUUUGGAAAUCCAGGCCAUGCCCUUAAAGGUUGUUGUCACAGGGCUGCGGCCAGGUGGAGCAGCAGAAAUGGGAUCAAUGGGCAAGAUGGCUGUAGGAGAUGAAAUUACCACCAUCAACAGUAUCCCAGUCAAUAAGAUGACGUACGAGGAGAUCUGCUUGCUUAUGCAGUGUCUUCCCACAUCCGUAACCCUGGAGAUCCAGAAAGCAGCAUCAGCUGUCAACAGAUUUACAAACCUCAUCCUGUCUCCAGGGGUGGACAGUCAAAAUCACACCAGUGUCAACAGCAUCCUUGCAACUGAGGAAGAACGGAGGGCUGGGAAGAGAGAAGGAGCAGGUUUGCAAAACACUGGUGGCAGCUGUGCAAUGGAGAGGACAACAGUGCCACCUGAUGCCACCAGCAAAGACGUGCAAAGAGGUACCAUGAAAAGCAGCUGUGCAGAGGACUGCACUGCUGUUCCCAUCACCGAUAUCGAUGACUUGCUCAACCAAAUGGGUGCUCCCAAGAGCAGGGCUUCACGCACUCCGUCACGAGCAGAAAGCCCCCUCCGAGAUGAGUAUACCACAAUGUGCUGCUGUGGGACUGAUGAAGGCUGUCCCGGUCCUGAGCCACAACCAGCCAAGGAAGAGCUGCUGGAAAAAACAAUGAAUUGUGGAACUAAUGCACAAGGAGUUUUGGGGCUAUCUGCGUUGGACUCCAUUAACACAGGCAAACUUUUUACUGUGAAUAAAAACUCUUUAAAUAACUAUUCUAGGAAUUUUAGCAGUUUAAAUGAGGAUGAGUUGCCUGCAGCAAACUCUCUGGACUGUAAAAGAAGUGACCUGUUUCCAAAGUCUAUGUAUGGGGCAGCAGAGGAUUCUCACUCGGACACAGAGUCUGUCACAGAAACCUUUGAUAGCGCUGAGGUGUUGUUUGGGCCAUGUGCUGCUGCUAAUGCCCCUGCAGUCUGUACUGUAACGGAGUCAGAUGAGGAGCAAAUUGAGAUUUGUUGCAUGAAUGAGGAGCUGCAAAAGCCCACACAGAAGCAGCCUCUUGCAUCUGCAAUAAAGUCAUCUUCUGUCUCCCAUUUGCACUCUUACAGCAGCAAAGUUUUGCAGACUGAAGGCUGUGCAGUAUGUGGGUCAUUGGAGACAAGAGUCAAUAAGCUAGGCUUGGAGGAUUGUGAUGGUCCCACUCAGUGUCCCUCACAGUGUUCAGAUAUGUCCUCGGCAUCCUUGUGUUCUCCUUCCUCAGUUUUUCUGCCAGAAAAAGACAUCCUAAAGAAUUCAGUCAGCAAUCCUGAAGUUUACUCUCUGUGUAACAAUGGUGCCUUAAGUACAGAAGAACAGACAGAUUUGGGGAAUGGUAAUGGACAUAUGAAAUGCUGUGAAUCCAUUGAAGAGGGAGGGUCUCUGCACUGCAAAAAGACGAGCUUUGGUUCUGCUCAAAAUGUCAGUGGCUUAGAGAACAACUUACUUGAGAAAGAAGGAUAUCGUGGUGAACAGAGAUCCAGAUCUGGAAUUGAAACAUUGGUUGAUGACUGUAAUCAUCCUGUUAGUUACUGCUUGGUGAAGAAAGAAAUCAAUGGUUUGUCCAGCUUGUCUAAAGCAGACAGCAAUCAUGUGAAUGCAUCGUCACCAAGAGCAAUAUCCCUCAGGUCUCCCUUUCCCACUAGGUCUAAAGAUCCAAAGGCUAACACAACUCAUGACUUGCCAGGGAAAAAUGAGAAAAUUAACUCUGUGACUUCAGGAAGGACUUCAAAUGGAAAAGUCCAAAGCUCAGGCACAAAUCACUGCAAAGGAACUGCAGUACCACACAGCCCAUCCUCACAGAAGAAAUCCUGUCAGGAAUCUAAGGGAAUGGCACAAAAAAGUAUAGUGGAUACCCUUUUAAUUAACCAGAAGACCAAAGCAGGACCAAAGCUAAAGGGGUUCACCAUCAAAAGCAAAGCAAAGGUAAAUUCAGAUUCUUCUGGCAUUAAUCAUACCAAAGUCAGUGGAGCUGAUCAGAAGAGAAUUUCCGUUUCUCCACAGCUGUCCCCUAAACUCCUGGGGAAGAAAACACCAGUGUCCCGUAAUUCACCUACAAACCCAGAUCCUGGCAAGAGCAUUUCAGUUGUCUCAAGAACUCUGAAGCCAGAGCUAGAAAAUAAACCAUCACUGGUAAUUACUGAAGAUUCAGUUCUGCCUGUCCUGAAUGGCGCAAGCUGCCCAGCAGUGACUGGUGAAAUGAAGUGUGGUUGUGGGGAGCUAACAGGCCUGCAGCAGACAUGGGAAAAGUCAAAAGAAAAGCAAGUUUCCAUGCAGCCUGUGGUGUGUCAGGGUAAGGUUGCUAAGGCAGGUGAUUUCAGAGCCAGAGACAGUCAGUCCAAAGUCACUUCAUCUCCUCAGGGGAUACCAGAAGUUGAGUAUGUGAAAGGGAAGACUGAGAACCCUGGAACAGGCCUGAACAUGAUCAAAAGCAUCUACAGUGCAGAUGACAUUAGGCAAUUAGAUCUGCAAAAUGAAGGACUAUCUGCUGGAGGCUCUUCUUUAUUGAGGUCCUCCUCAGUUCAGCAGGAACAGCUGGAAGGGCAGGAGAUCCAGCGCACUUUCAUUGAGGUGAAGCUUUCCUCCUCCUCUUCCUCCUCCUCCUCCUCUGCAUCUUCCUCACCAGCAUCAUUCUUGCAGCUGCCACUGAUUGAGAAAACACAAGAGGCAAACGCAGAAGUGCCUCGGCUGACUGAGGAGAUGGGGACCAUGCAGUAUUUCUCAAAAGCGGAUACCACUGGAGACAGAAAUCUCUAUGGCUUGUCGAAACCUGUGACAAGGACUUACUCGAUGCCAGCCCAGUUAUCGGGUCACUUGAGGGAGGAGUCUCCUGUUGCAGAAGUUCACCCUGCACAAGGACCCCAGGGCUAUGCUGCAGAGGAGAAGGCAGCAACAGGGAUGUUAAAAAUGGUCCAUCUCAACCCACCAAAUGGCCAGAAUGGGAAGGAGCAGGCGUACACCUCCAAAAGCACCCUGAGGGUCCAUGAUACGUCCUCCUCCAGCAGUGACAUUAGCUGCCCUGCCACCGAUAAGCUGAGGAAUUUCAAGAGGAAUUACUACUACUACGAGUUGAACUGGCCGCAUGAAGCUACCUCAUCCUUCUCUGUCAAACAGAGGAUCAAAUCCUUUGAAAAUCUGGCAAAUUUCGACAGGCCCAUUGUGAAAGCCAUUGAUAUACACUCAGCUGCAAGAUCCCCCCUCGCCAGGAGGUCCUGUGGUGGGAUAAUCACCACUGCCAGCCCUGCUGAGAUGCCGCGGGCUUUGCGGCGCAGCUUGAGCUCCUAUGGCAGCAGCCCAAGCCCGGCCAACACCACAGCCAAAUCUCCCGUCAACACAGAGCCCGUGCGUGUGGCUGAGGGGGGCAAGGGGGAAGGAAAGCCCCAGAGGAGCGGGGAAGGUGGUGCUGGGGCAGAUGUGGCCGCUUUUCCCACCUCAGCCUCCCAGGCUCGCCGCAACCGGGGUCUGGGGCGGCCGCCCCUGUCACGCUCCAGGCUGCGGGAGCUGAGAGCCCUCAGCAUGCCUGACCUGGACAAGCUGUGUGGAGAGGGCUUCUCGGGGCCACAACAGCCCGCCUGCUUCAAGACGGAGCUGGAAAUCACACCCUGCAGAUCCCUUGGCAUGCCCGCCCGGAGUGACGCAGCCCCGCCAGCCCGCUGCAGCCACACUGAGAUGGGUGCGAUGGGUGCCAGCAGCCCUCGGGACUGUGGCACAGGGACCCUGGGAUCUGCCUCGGAUGAUGACGCACCCCAUGGCAGCUCUCUGGAUGGGGAGCACUCGGGAAACUGCUGGUCCAUCAGCUUGGAUCAGCUGCUUGUCUCAAACCUGGACCAGCAAAAACUGCAAUCUGUUUUGUCAGCAGUAGUACCAAAAUGUGACAUUCCAGCUAUGCUCCAAGAGGUCAAAGCACAAGUAAAGAGUAAAGAAGACACGUACUUCGUAGUCUUGCACAAAGAAGAAGGAGCUGGCCUGGGAUUUAGUGUGGCUGGAGGAAUAGAUCUGGAACAGAAAUCAGUCACAGUGCACAGAGUGUUUUCAAAAGGAGUGGCAUCUCAGGAAGGGACUAUUCAUAGAGGAGAUCUUGUUCUGUCCAUCAAUGGCAAGUCCCUUGCAAACUCAGUCCAUGGGGAUGUCCUGAAUGCUCUUCAUCAGGCAAGACUGUACACUUAUGCGGUCAUUGUCAUCCAGAAGGAAAAAAACAAAGCAAACAAUUCUUCCAGACUUGAAAUAUCAGCUACUGGCAGAAAAUGCGUGGGGUCCGGAAAGGAUGUUUCCAUGGAAAUACGAACAGAUCCAAACCUGGAUAUGGAUGAUGUCAUCUGCGUUGAAUUAUUGAAAACCUCUGCUGGCUUGGGAUUCAGUCUUGAUGGUGGAAAAGCUUCCAUUGCUGGAGACAGGCCCUUACUUGUAAAAAGAAUAUUUAAAGGUGGUGCUGCAGAGCAAUCUGGAAACAUAGAAACUGGAGAUGAAAUUCUUGCUGUUAGUGGAAAAUCAUUACUUGGCCUCAUGCAUUAUGAUGUGUGGAACAUUAUUAAGUCUGUGCCAGAGGGCCCUGUUCAGCUACUAAUCAGAAAACACAGAACUUCGGUGUGAUGGAAGCACUACCUCUAAUCACACUUGCUAAGACAAAACGUUUAAAACUGGCUAGAAGCUGUCUUUGUUUCUAAAGCCACACAAAAGUGUCUUAACGCUCUUCAGAGAGGUGCUAAGAGCCCCGGAGAACCACUGAGCAAGCAUAUGAUGAGCAUCACAAAAUCUCACCUAUUUAUGGAGGAUGAAGGAAGCCAAAUGUUACAGACAUUUUUGUAUUACAUGGCAGUUUUAAUGAAACUUCAAGACCUCUCCUGGGUUUGGUUUAAAGUAUUUUGACUGAGGCAAAUAACCCUGUGCCUGUUCCUGGUAUUUUUAGUAUCUGCAGAGGGUUGGGAGUAUAACUUGUUGGUUGCCAUCCUGUUGACGAGGAUGGGUAUUUAGACUGUACUAUAUGACUUAGCUAUAAUAAGACUUCAGGACACUUACUAAGGGUCUGAUCCUUUUUUGUUGUAAUAAGAGAAUGUCUGGAACAGUCUCACUUUAUUCUUCUAAGUGCAGUUUUGCUAAAAAAUGCAUGACAAAAAAGUAUAAUUUUGCACAACUUUUAUGCCUAAAACGAGCAUUUUAUUGCAAAGCUGAAAGUCUUUAGCGAUCACUAAGUACAUCUAAAAGCUGGGCUGCUUUUACUUGGCUGCAAGACGUUUAAGGCUGCCCAACUUGUAACACCCGAGCUUGGAAAAUAGUGGUCUAAAAUGGGGAUUAUAACAGAUUAAAUCUGAACUGGCCUUAUUUGUGGUGGCUUUUAAUCUCUGUUUUUUGUCUUCUCCUGUCCAAUAUUUAUUUUUGCUUGUGUGAGAGUGAGUAAGGGUGUGUGCGUGUAAGAUAGAAGUGCACCCGGCUGUGUCAGGAAUGUGCUGGUGCUGAGGGUUCUGGAUGGUGAAGCUGAAAACAGUGUAGAUGGGAGAAACCAUAGUGUUAGAUACAGCAAAACUGAAAGGGUUGCAAUGCCGCAGGUGCUUCAUUUGGAUCUUCUCACCUCUACUCACAGUAGAGGCAUUGGUAGUGGGCCAUGCUGCUGAGUGUUAUUUAUAGUCUGCUGUGUUGGGAGGAGAGUGUAUGGGUGCAAGAGAUUAGACUCUGUUAUUGCUCUUCCUACAUCUGGGAUAGCUAAACAACAUGAGAUGCACGAGGAGGUGGGCCAGUGUCCUUAUCAGCUGAGCACAAGUUGUUUGUUCUAGACUGCUCAAGUUGUUUGUCACGUUAAGCUGGAGACUGCUUGCAGCCCGUGUGCCCAGAGUGAGGAACUGUCAGUCUGGAGACGGUCCAAAUCUGAAGUGCUGCCGUCUUUUAUAGUGAGCCAAGACACUGUGUAGCUGUUACAAAAAGGCCUGGCCCUACCCCAAGAUCAUACUAUCGUUCAGUUUAUUUACGUUUAUUCAACAGUGCUUGGAGCAAUCGAUUCCAGGUUAGUGGAGCACUCACUUUGGCUAAUUUCUGUGACAGCUUAAUUACUGCAACUCGUGAUGUGCAGAGGAAAAUUCAGUUCUGCAAGGCAACCCAAGUCCAGGCGAGCAGAAAAAGUGUGCAAUGUUUGCCUAGAAAUGAAUAGAUUUAAUUCUUUUUCAAUGAAAUGUUAGCAUGUGAAUCCAGGGAGAGAUGCAACUUUGGUUACAAGGGAAGGCAAUAAUGUACAUGGUCCUACAGCUUCUUUGCCUGCAGGAUUUCUCUUGAAACUGGUUCAGGUUCAGUGCUGUGAAAUGACUGUGGAAUUGGGUCCCCUGUGGUGCCAAAGCUCAACUGCUCUAUUGGGACUGGUCCUUGCCUCCGGUCACCUCCUUGGUGGGAGAGGCUUCUGGGUAGAAUGCAGCACUUUGGGUCAGAGGACCGCAAUAAGGUUGCAGGGUUGUGCUGGGAUAACAGAGAUUACCCCUGCACGUGUCCUGAAAAAACAGGGAGAAGACAUUUGGCAAUGACAAUUAAAUGACAAGGCCUUGUUGAGGAAGGACCAAAAUCUGAUUGUAAUAGAGUGUAUAAUAAAUACAUAAAAUGCAUGUGGAAUUUAAUGCAGCAUAGUGAAUACAUACCUGUAUACAUAUAAUACGUACAAGUGCAGUGCUGAGUUUUUGCUACUUUAAUGUGGUGAAUCACAAUUGUGUUUUAGAAAAAGGAAUUUCUUUCAGUCCACAUUUUAAAGUUUUGGAGGUUCCAGUGCAGGAAGGUGUAUGUCUCCUUUGCUGCUAAACCAGUGUGAGCUCAAAGGUAAAGUCUUUGUUUUGUAAAUUAAACUUAAUUUGAGGUGUCUUAAGAUGAUACGUGGUGAAUAUUUUCAGAUGCUUGUUUGCAGGUACUGUUCAUUGUGAGUGAUUUAGAAUGCUUUCAUUUUUCAGUAAUCGAAUACUGUUCGGUAUUUUAUUUUACAUGCACGUAGAUAUGUAUUGGCUGAGUAACAGCAAAAAGGCGGGGAUUUUUGUGUGUGGUUCAGUAGUGGCUAUAAUUUAAAAGAUAGGAUUAAUGUUUUAAGUCUGGUAGUUACUAUGGGUAGAAUGAUGCAUUUCUCUAAGUAACAUUACAGCAAGAAAAAUAAUAGUAUUUAACCCUGAUUGUUUCUGUUCCUGAAAAUACGUUUAUUUUGUGAACGAACCGGAAACAUCUUUACUGAAUGCUACCAGUGUUGAUUUGAUUACAGUAGCAUUUCCUGAUGUCUCUAUUGGGGUGAAAUUCCCCAAAAAAGCCCCAGAAUUUAUGCGAUAUGGGUCUGCUUUAUUACAAACAGGAUAGAUAGACCAAACAGAUGUAGUGAACCUUUGGUAAUGCACCUGGCAAAGUAAAUGUUUAAAUUUUCUGAGAGCCUGGUCACACCAAAACGACAAGAGGGUGUGGCAUUAGCUCAUCAGUAUUUAGUAGGUUCUUGAGCAUUUUCGACCUUGCUGUUUGCAUGUUGGUCCCCACGGUGAUUCUUUGCCAUGCUGAGGGCUGGCCAAGCUCUAGGAGAGCCGUGACUCUUCAGAGACACCUAGCUGCAUCUUGGAAGACCGAAAAAUCAGGAUGAAAUUGUGGUCUUUGUCCAAAACUCUUCACCAGGGACCUGAAGGCAUUCCAGAUAAGGUGAACUUGCUCUGAAAUGGAGAAGAUACAGUGGAGGGCUUUGCCGCUUAUAGGCCUGAGGCAGCUCAGGAUGCACAACCUGGAUAUGAAUGCGAUACUGGUGCGAUACUACCAUUGCAUAUUUUGCAGCCUUUUUGUGGCUGGAAGCUCUUUCCAGCUUCUUGUGGGGAUAGAAUCUGUAUUAAAAAAACUGUGAGAUGAGGCCUAAGUUAGGGAGGGAGCAACAUCUGAUCAUUUUCUUGCUAAUAAGAAAGAAUAUGAGGGCAGGUAAGUGUUAAUAAAUUGUUGAGUGAUUCAUGUUUUCUAAUGAUCCUCACAGUUAACCCUAGUUAGUGUUCUGCAGUGGUUCUUGUCCAAAUCCGAUGGAACUAUUCCCAGAUGGGAAUGUUUACCUGCUUCUACAUUUAGGGUAUGUAAAUGUAUACGUGGAAAUAUUGAUCAGGAGUAGACUAGUUCAUGUGAGAAAAUGGAUCCCACCCUAGGUAGGUUUUGUGUGUUAGGCUGAUACACCUAUUGUAUGAUACUGUAUAUUUACACUUCUAUUUAUAUAAUAAAACUUCUUUUAAGGAAAACUGUUUAAUAUGCCUUGUAUAUUACAAAAAAAGUGAGUGCAAUAACAUGAAAUAGAUUGUACAUUUUUCAAUUUGCUGUCUCUGUUAUGUAAAUCUGUAUUGCCAUAAACUGUUUUGUUUGGGGAUAUUAGUGAUUUUGAAAAUAAAUGGUAUCCUUAGUACUCCUCUAGGUAGUUAUUUCUGUCUGCAGUUGAAACGGGCAUCGCAUGGACAAGGUUGUCCUGGAGAGCACAAUCAAAGACUAAGUGUUAAUGCUGUCCAAAUGUGCAUCUAAGCUGUUAAAUACCUUCUAAGCUGUUAAAUAUCUAAGUUGGCAAACUUACAAGUUCUCUUGUAAGAACUGUUAUUCAGCAUGAAGAGGCUUAAUGCAUUUAUUAGAAGGUGUUUUAUAGGACCUGCUUAGGUAUCUUGA